UACACAAAAAAACUGUGGUUCACCAUUAAAGAAAAUUCAGCUUCUGACCAAUUUCUGAGUGUACAGAUUGGGUUGGAUUGGAUGCUGUAGGUAUAGAUUAGUUUGGGUAUUCAGUGUGGUUCAGGCAUCCAGAAGUGUACUUGAGAUAGCAGUCAGAAUCCAACUUGUAGCCACAAACACUUUUGGCUCAUUAACGUGUGCACGUUUGAUGUUCAGUGCCUCUAUAGUUUAAUGUCAUCUCAGUACUGUUUAAGGUCAGAAUUCAACCAAACAGAGAUGGCCAGCGUCUUAAAAAAUAUUGCCAUCUAGCCUUUUACAAAAAAUCAGAAGAAAUUAGAUUGGUCUCUGAUCCCAACCAAUGUAUUUUACUGAAGUUUUACAGACAUGAGUUGCUGUGUAUGUUACAGUUAUCUUAUUAAUUUUUAAAAGCACGGUAAGACCUACUUAAUACCCAUUUGCAUGAGAGAGUGUAACAGACUGCCAUCCAUGAUCAGUAAGGAUAAAGGUUACAUUCCGAGAAUGCUAUAAUCCGUCCGGCUGUCUCCUAAACCACUUCAACCAAUUCCGGGCAAGCAGUGGGCACGUUCCCAGAUACUCCCUGGACGGUAUGCUAGUCCAUUACGGGACACACACAGACGCACAUACUCACACCAGGACGAAUUUGACCCAAACCCGGAUUAACCUACCUGUGUGUCUUUGGACUGGGAAAGAAAAUCCCUUAAUGUAUGAUAUAUUUUUAACUAACCCAUAUUCGUGCAUCUUUCAUUGCUAAUGCAGGUCAUUUAUGCUGCAGGACUGGGUCCUGACCACACGGGCAGCAGCUGUUACCCCAGUUAGAAAAGAGAGCAAUCGUGAGAUGCAGCUCUCGUGGCGAGUUGCUGGCGUGUGGUCGGGAUUCCUUUCAUAGCCAAGGCUGUUGACUACUUGCGUGCCCUUGCUACAUUUUACCCUCCUGCUUCUCAUCCCCAGUCUCGUUCUUGGACAGGCCCAAAGGGUUCCAUGCAGCGUUGCUACAGCUGGUCACGGAGGUCACCGAGCGCUGCUGCUCUUCAUCGGCAACGUUCCACAACCCCCGUUGGCAUUUCAAACAAAUCAUCCCUCGCACGUGCGCUGGACUUCCUAAAUGGAGAGUAAGAUGCACCUCAAAGGACGUUUUGUCUUGAGGCCUCCGUUCCACGCUUGGAUAUCGUGCCAGACUCCUCACCAUCUGCAUUGCUCUGGAAAAGUAGAAGAGUCUGCUGUUCUUCUGCACAAUUUCCCUUGCACACAGUUAUCCUGAAAUAACGCUGCUUUUUAAGGUGGGAAUUUGUCGUACGGCUUCUUCAGGAAGGAAACGUCUGGUGUGCCGCUGAAAUGUCACGCCAGUUGGCUUUUCCUGCUUCUGACGGAAAGUGCUUUUCAGUUCUGCUAAAAUUUGCAAACAUGAAAGAAAAUGCAACAGGGAUGACGGGGUUUAGAUUAGAUCGCCUUUGAGGAUAACGUAAACUGCUAGUGACCCUUGGCUGUAGACAGUUUAAACUGCCCUUUGACCAGCAACCCUUGAAAGUACAAUUACGAUUGAUGGUCUUGGAGAGUGGAGAAAGAAAUUCCCUUUCACCUUCCCCACUGCUUUCUCUGCCAGGGAUCCAUCCGAGCACUUAAAAUUAGCUCAUCCCGGUUUUCGACCCCAGCAGAUACUUGUGUCCACAUUCCAGUGCUCAAAGACGCACAACUUUGUAAACAGAAUUAGAAACUCCCUUUCUGCUGCUUUUGUCUUCCCAGCCGAGCUCACAAGUGACGUAGGUGUGGUCUUCCUGGGAGAUCGUAUUACGCAGCAACGAAUUCUGCAUUUCGGACAGAGGGGCCCUUUGUUUCUGUGCUGGUUGUGCUCGCAGAAACAGGUGGGACAGCUGAGCAGGACAGCGAAAGGCCCAGUCACAGACAGCUGCAGUGCUCCAGGCACCAGCAGACCCUCCUCGCCUUCGAGGAUUUGAAGAACUCCAAACUGUUUUCAAAACGACAGAUUUUGUAGGUGCAAAAACAAUUGACAUUUUAUUGAGGCUGUGUCAGAGUUUGAAAAGUUCCAUUUGGAAAAAUGGCCAUAGUUAUUGCUUUGUUACAGCAUCCCUGGUAGUUCCACAACUUCUCUUAAAAGCUUUUGAAAAGCUUUUUCUAGUACAUUGACAGUCCCUAAAUCGAUCUGUGUUGUGGCCAGGUGCUGCCUCUGCUUUCGCUAGUGGGAUGGCUUCAUUCUGCAGUAGAUGUUGGCUUCUCCUGAGGUUUUAAAAUGUGUGAGGAUCAACCUGAGCUCUUCCCAGCUACGUUUCUUUUCACUCCGUAAGCAUCCUGUCCUCACCGAGCUACAUAGUGGGUUCUGGCAAGAGCUUAAUCCAUCUCAGAUGUUUUCCUGCUUCACUCUUACCUGUGGGAGCUAUGAAUCCAAUUGCGUAUCCACUGAGAAUCCCCAACUAAGACACAAAACUUGGCGCAUCUGGUACUCGGAGCUUGUGUUGUGAGUCUUGAUGCAGAAUCCUGCGGAGAAAUGGAAGGAACAUAUCCAUUACUUUUCAUGUACAGUGAGCUAACAACUUCAAGUCCGUUCAAAUUGAACGAAGCACUACUGGGCAAUGCAGAAAAGACCAGGCUGGGGUUUCACACAUGCUCCUUAAUGGAAGUGACUUAACUCAGGCAGACGAAACCAUCAGUAUAAAACAUCAACAACAAAUGAUCAAAACACCUUUUAGAAAAUGUGCAAUAUUUUUGAUAAUAGAAAUGUGUAUAUAUUGUGGAAGCAUCAAGCAUCCCGGUAUAAGUAUAACUUUUUCAUGUACACCUAUUUCCUCUGCUUUCAAAACUCAGUUUAUCUGUUCUGAGUCCUGGAAUUCCUAAGCUGAAAAAUCUUUAAAGGGAGUGCUCGAUGCUGGCAGCCUACAAACAGCUGCUUCAGCCCCGAUGGCACUGCAUAUAAGGGAUCAGACGUUUAAAUUUUAAAGGGCUCCCUGACACAGCUGUUGUAGCCCACUCACUGACAUCCCAGAAGAAGCCUGUCCCCAGUCUUCAGUUUCUCUCCAGUGCUUCAUCCAUUGAGCACUCUGUAGAAAGCCUUGUCAAGACCCGAGGUACUGUAAUUCACCCAGGAUGGGUUCGGUUAUUGCCAAGAUGUUGCUGCCCACUGUCAGCAGUCUUGCCUUUAUGCCCGCCAUCAGCGUGGCCGCCAAACGUGGGUUCCACAUGGAGGCGAUGGUUUAUUUCUUCACCAUGUUCUUCGCUGCGAUCUACCAUGCAUGCGAUGGCCCAGGAUUGACCAUCCUGUGCUUUAUGAAGUACGAGAUACUGGAAUACUUCAGUGUCUAUGGGACAGCCAUCGCAAUGUGGGUUACUCUUAUAGCUCUGGGAGACUUUGACGAGCCCAAGAGAUCGUCUCUCACCAUGUUUGGGAUCCUCACGAGUGCAGUCCGCAUCUACCAAGACCGCUGGGGCUAUGGAGUUUACUCCGGACCCAUUGGGACAGCUGUACUGAUGAUUACAGUCAAAUGGCUCCAGAAGAUGAAGGAAAAAAAAGGCCUGUAUCCAGAGAAGAGCGUCUACACCCAGCAAGUGGGUCCAGGGUUCUGUUUCGGGGCGCUGGCCCUCAUGCUCAAGUUCUACUUCGAGGAAUGGGACUACGCCUACGUCCACAGCUUCUACCACCUUGCUUUGGCCAUAGCGUUCAUCCUCAUCCUGCCAAAGAGCAACCGGCUGGGAGGAAACGGCAGAAAUGCAGCUAAGCUGGACUGCUACACCCUCUGCUGCUGUGUCACCAAGCCAGCAGUGAGAGACAAGGUUCGUUCAAUUUGGAAACCGUCCAUCAAAGCUCCCUGGAUGAGGGCCUGUGACCGGGGCCUCCCAGUGACCCGUCCCCAGCCGGCAUCCAAAUAAGUGGCCGCAGACUCCAGGAAAUGGAAGGUUGGAGGGUUAGAGGGCAAGAGCAGACUCUGGCCCUGCCGUAGCAGAGUCGGCUCGCUGGGUGGCAAGUCUGAGAGAGCGACAGUAUCCCAGCAGUCAGCUGUCUUGGGCCUCCUCUGUGCUCUACAAGGCUCAAUACCGCAUGUUAAAUUACACUCGUCCCUUUGUGAAAGAGCAUCCAAAGACCAGUGCUUCCUUUUGAAAUAAAAGGAAAACCUCAUUGAAAGACCUUAUUUUAAACUGGCCAGAAUACAGCGCCCAGUUCAGCUUGGCAACGUGUCUUUGGCACA